GCAUUCUCCUGUGACUCUGCUCCAGUGAGGCCUUCCUGCUGACACUUCAGGAUCCAAAGCGCAGCUCCAUCGACCAGGUUCUUCCACUGGCAGCAGACCAGGCGGCACGCCAGCACCAAAUCCGCUGCAGUGCUGUAGCUGUUGGUGCCCUAGGGAUUUUUCCAUCGCCCUACUACCCGUCACAGAAGCUGGCAGUCUGUGAUGACAACCAUUUGCCACCUCCCGGAAGAUGUCCUGGUGGAGCUGCUUUCCCUGCUCCCAGCCCAGGAUCUGAUCUGCACCUGCAGGCUGGUCUGCAGGCAAUGGCGCUACGUGGUGGAUCUGACCACCCUAUGGAAGCGCAAGUGCCAGCGCGAGGGGUUUUAUAUCCAGAAUUUGGACAGAAGUAUCUCUGACUGGAAGACCUUCUAUAUGCUCUGUAGCUUGAAGAGAAACCUCAUCAAAAACCCCUGUGCUGAAGAGAAUUUUCGGCACUGGAAACUGGAUAAUAAUGAGGGAGAUAAAUGGAAGAUUGAGGAUCUGCCUGGAGCUCAUGGAACAAACAUACCAGACCCCAAAGUACAAAAAUACUUUGUCACUUCAUAUGGACCAUGCCUCAAGUCUCAACUCAUUACUCUGCGUAAAGAAGGAUACUGGAAUCAGCUGAUGGAUGAGAAACGGCCCGAAAUUGUAGUCAAGGACUGGUAUGCUGCCAGGUUUGACUGUGGAUGUCGCUAUGAACUUACAGUGAGGCUGCUUUCUGAAGACUACAUUGUCCUUGAGGAGUUCCACCCCGAGCCAGUGGUUAUAGAGCAGUGGAGUGAUGCAAUGUGGAGAGAGAUUUCUCACACCUUCCAGAAUUACCCAGCUGGAGUUCGUUACAUCUGGUUUCAGCACGGAGGCCAAGACACCCAGUUCUGGGCAGGAUGGUAUGGGAUCCGAGUGACAAACAGCAGCAUCACCAUUGGGCCCCUGACACAGUUAUGAAGGCACAAUAUAUAUAGUUGCUUUUUUACCUCAGGACUGUAACCAGGUGGUCUCAGGUGCAUUUAUUUGUCUGUACUCUCUGGGCGAGUGUCCUGGCUUUGUACUUGCACAGUUGAUCUCUGAUACAAGCAGCUAGUUCUCCUUGUUCACAGCAGAACUUGUGCAGGCCCAGCCCUUUGGAAGGACUUCUGUCUUCAUCCUUCAUCCUCCUGUGCUAUCGACGUCACUGCAAUUACUAGUGACCUUGCGCAGGAGGACUAGGACAAUGAAAUGUCGUCUCCUCUAGUUUACGUCCUUGUGCUACAGCCAAACGCUAGGUCUUAAAUAGAAACUAUUUCUUGUGUUUAUGGAACUUAUGAAAAAUAAGGUUAAAAUUUUUCAUUUCAGAUUAGCAAUGCUGUCCUCAAGGGCUCUGCUAUGGAGAGACAUGUUUUGUAUGGUAUUUCUGUGGUUUAGUUUAAUUAUGUAUCUUUCAUGUAUCUUUCACAUCAGACCUUUCAUAGCAUAAGGAAACUAUUAACCAACCCUUUUUCAUAAAUGCUGUGUCACUGGUA